AUGGCCACAGAGAAUCCGGUGGCGCAGGUUUACGAGUACUUGAAGCAUGUGGUUGGUGCUGGUGGUAUGACGGGUGCCGUGCCAGCAGCGACGGUGCGGAAUUAUUUUGGCGCACUUGACGGGAAUCGUAUGUUUCACGGCGAAGGCGUUCUUUAUUCUGCAAUGGGCUUCUGCUACAAGGGGGAUUUUGUCCAUGGGAGCAUGGAAGGUCACGGCCAAAUCUCAUGGAACAAUGGCAUUUCUUAUCAGGGUGAUUUUUACAACAAUGCUCCUAAUGGGAGGGGUAUCUUCAUCUGGUCUAACGGCAACAGGUAUAUUGGAGAGGUGAAAAAUGGCGUGUGUCACGGCAACGGCGAGAUGGAGACGAAUCGCGGAGUAUAUUCUGGCGGCUGGGCCUCUGGUAAACGUCACGGCAUGGGACGUCAGACGUAUGAUGUUGAUUCUUUUUAUGAAGGAGAGUGGGCCGAAGACAAACGCCAUGGCAGGGGCAAAUUGGUGUACCCCAACGGUGACGUGUACGACGGCAUGUGGGAAAA